AUGUCUUUGUCUAAUAUCACACAGGCUAAAGAGCUCCGUGGACUUAACCUUGUCUCGGCACAUUCGCACAUCACAGGGUUGGGCUUAGAGACUGGCACGUCACUACAACCAUGGAAGAGUGCACAAGGUAUGGUGGGUCAACUCAAGGCGCGUAAAGCUGCUGGUGUUUUACUCAAGAUGAUCCAAGAGGGUAAGAUUGCUGGGCGGGCUGCAUUAAUUGCAGGACCUCCAUCCACAGGUAAGACUGCAAUUGCCAUGGGUAUUGCACAGUCACUUGGAUCUGAUGUGCCAUUCACAACACUUGCUGGAUCCGAAGUUUUUUCACUGGAAAUGUCAAAAACAGAAGCCCUUAAUCAAGCAUUCCGCAAGUCGAUGGGUGUACGAAUUAAGGAAGAAACAGAGGUGAUUGAAGGUGAGGUUGUAGAAAUCCAAAUCGACCGCUCAGUGACUGGUGGACACAAGCAGGGUAAGCUUACAAUCAAAACAACGGAUAUGGAGACCAUUUAUGAUCUUGGAGCCAAGAUGAUUGACGCGCUGGCUCGCGAAAAGGUGACUGCAGGUGAUGUUAUUUCACUUGAUAAAGCUUCGGGUAAAAUCACAAAGCUUGGUCGGUCAUACUCGCGGUCGCGCGAUUACGACGCGAUGGGUCCUGACACCAAGUUUGUACAGUGUCCUGAGGGAGAAUUGCAGCAGCGUCGUGAGAUUGUGCAUACAGUUUCGCUACAUGAGAUUGACGUGAUCAAUUCACGUACGCAGGGCUUUUUGGCAUUAUUUUCUGGUGACACUGGUGAGAUUCGACCUGAAGUACGCGACCAAAUUAACGCCAAAGUGAGCGAAUGGCGCGAAGAGGGUAAAGCUGAUGUGAUUCCUGGUGUGUUAUUUAUUGAUGAGGUUCACAUGCUUGACAUUGAGUGUUUUUCAUAUAUUAACCGAGCGCUGGAGGAUGAACUGGCGCCAAUUGUUAUCAUGGCCACAAAUAGAGGUAUUUCACGGACACGCGGUACAAAUUACAAGUCGCCUCACGGACUGCCGGCAGACCUGCUUGACCGGGUGAUUAUCAUUUCAACUUCGCCAUAUGGAGCUGAGGAGAUUCGUGAGAUUCUUAACAUUCGUGCACAAGAAGAAGAGGUGGAUAUGACUCCAGAAGCUUUGGCGUUGCUCACAAAGAUUGGUGAGGAUACUAGUCUACGGUAUGCUAGCAACUUGAUUUCAGUUGCUAGUUUGGUUGCAGCCAAGCGCAAGGCUAGUCAGGUUGAAGUGGAGGAUAUUAAGCGGUCUUAUACCUUGUUUCUUGACUCUGCGCGUAGUGUGCAAGUUCUUGAGGAAACCCCCGAGACUUUUAUUGGAGAUGGAGAUGUUGAAAUGGCUUGA